GAGCCCCUUUCGCAUGCGACCCAUGUUCCUCGCGGGUGACCUGCCAUGGAGAGUCCGGGAGCUGGCAACCCGGUUUGGGCACCAGGUCUUGGGAACUUUAUCAGUGCUGGUCACUGGCACUGGCAGCUAGCAGAGCUGGCACAGGCUCUGGAGCUUCGCCGCGGUGAUCACGUUGCUGCCGCGCCCGUUGCUGCUGCGGGUGCCGUUGACGCCGUGCGUCCGGCGGCGCAGGCGCUGUCGUCCGCGGCCGGCGGUGACGGCGGCGCUUGGGCGAAAACGAUCUGCUGGGAGCCGAGCGUCGGGCAACUGCGGCAGUUGAGGCAACGCAUGGCCAAUGGUGGCCGCGUGGUGGCUGCCGCCCGCCCUUGGCGGGCGGUUGAUUGGCCAGCCGCUUCUCGCCCAGUGAGAUGGUCACCUCAAUCUGAAGAGAGGCUUUGCAAGAACUUUCUGGAUGCAGGCUUUGAGCUGCUCCAGGUGCGAGUGUGCUGUUAUCCUUGCGAAAUCACGUGGACCGCUUGGCUCAACGUGCUGGAGAAGCUCUUCCCCGAGCACGGACGCCAGCGGAGCACGAUGGCAGAUCCCGAGGGCGAACGCUAUCUCCACUUUGAUGAUCGCCUCCUUCUGGUCACGGCUCAGCUUCCGAACCCCGCGCCACUCGCCACGCUGGCGACGCUUCGCUGCUGUGCCAAACGCCGGAGGCUGUGCCAAACGAGUUCCGGCCCCACUUUGGGAGCUGGCAAGGAGUUCCGGCUGCCAUUGGGGUGGCACCUGGCGUUGGAAGGUUUCUGGGCGCCACUGCUGGUGCUCCAGCCAUGGGAAGCUCAAGAGGUACUGGAGCAGCUGGAUGCUCACGCACAGCAGGUCAUCGGAAGCGGAGCAAAGGUGGAAGAUCUGCAGGGAGAGCAGCGCUUCAAAGUGCAUUUGCUGUAUCCCUGGGCCGCUCGCUUGGUGCGGCACCCGGUUUUAGUGUCGGCGGUGCAAAAGGCCUUGGGCACGCAGGACGUGUUACUUUGGUUCUCGGAGGUGAAUGCUAAAGCGCCGAUGUCCAAAUGCCAUGCGGCUCCACAUCAGGAUGGGAUUUUCGCAUCGCUGUGGCCCAACGAUGCGGUGUGCAGCGUCUUCGUGGCGCUGACGGACGCCACAGCGGAGAUGGGAGGCUUAUUCUUCCAGCGCGGGUCGCAUCUGAGGGGCCAACUGCCUCACAUCGUGGAUGGGGAGGCUCAGAACUUGAUCGGCUUCAAGUGUGAAGAGGCGAACCAGGUCUUCGAUUCAGACGAAGCCGUGCCAGUGGAACUGAAGGCUGGAGAGGCCAGUCUUCACACCUUCCGCACCCUCCACUGGUCUGGUCCCAACUUAACCUCCACCCGGCGCGUGGGCCUCGCGCUGCGCUACGUCCGCGCGGACGUGGCGCGCUCGCGGCCGCUGCGUCGCCGCGAGAGCGCCACGGUGGCGGCCGGGCGCUACGACGCCCGGCGUGGGGCCUUCGACGUGGAGAUGGAGCCGCGAAGAGCGCUGGGAGAGGAGGAGGUGAAGUGCCAUCAGGAGGCCUUGGCAAGGGAGAGGGAGAACUACUGUGCAGAUGAGGUGUGA